AUGGCGACGCGCGGUGGAAAAUCCCAGAGUGCUGGCGAGACGAAAACCGCGAAUCGUCCAGAAAAAUGUUCGCAAUUAAUUCAAAGACCCGGCCCAUUCCCCAUUCGAACAAGCGCGUCGGUUUCUGAGGGGUGGGAACAACGAAAGUCAAGUUCGUAUCGGAAGGGGACAGAUAUCGAUCCCGAUAAAAAAAUUCGUGCGGAAGCAGUAAGCCAUAAAUGGCCGCCUAAAAGCCCCCCUCUAUUCCUGUUCUUCGAGAAACAUGGCCAUUUCAAAUACAUGAAUUCCAUAUCGCAAAAUUCUGGAUACAAGAACAUUAGAGACGGCAUGUAUCAUCAAACAUACAUCUACACGUGGGGGAACGCAAAAUCUCGACCAUUUUCUACCCUUGAUGAAGGACUCACCAUGAGACCGUACUCGAGUUAUGGGAGAGCAGAAGGUGCCGAUCCGUAUGGCAUUUUCUGCCCCCCAAGGAAGCUGCCAAACAUGCGUGGCCAUGUCGUUUUUAUUUCGAGUGAAACUUCUGGCAAUGUCUUUCCAAAUGCAGCACUUAGGACACGACGCAAGCAUGGGCGAGACAUGUUCGUAGACGGCGGCAGCAGCGACGAAGACGGCGCGUCCGAGGGCAGCGAAGGCUCCGCUGCUGCGGCGGUCGACGAUUGGUUCGAUGGUUCGAGCGAAAGCGACGGCGAUAGCAGCGCCAGUGAACGCGGGAGCGAGAGCGACAGGUCCGCGGGCGUGAACGACGACGACGAAGACAGCGCAAGCCAAAGUAGCUCAUCUUCAGGGCAGCCCGCAGCCGCGCUGAAGGAAGAAUCGAUUGCCUGGGCAGUCGCGCUAGCCAGCGAACUUCCUGGGCAGCAGCACGGAUCGGCGAAGCGCCGCUGCCUCGUUCCCCGGAACCUGUCUAAAGGGUUCUGGGACGUGAUCGACGUGCUGGAUGCAGGAGGCUCUGAUGAGCUUAACAAACAACUUAAAGAGCUGUACGCGCGCGGCAAAAAGCUGCAAGGCCAAGCGUGGGACAGCAACGAUGCCGACGAUCGGAUGGCACAUGAGGUCUACGCACACGUAAAAGAGGCAAACUUAAACAUGCCUGUCCUGGAAUGGAA